GUUCCAACUCACACGCGUCCCCAAUAAGCGCCUUAUCAUGUCUCCCGCCCUCACCACUCUGUCACCGCCGUUAUCUCUUUCCGUUACUUCGGCGGCGCGUCGUCCACGGCUGACAGCGAUGGUGAAGACUGAGAAAAAGCAAAGCCUCGGCUUCGGCAGCGAUAAGAAGGAAACAAAGUGGCACUGCGUGGAGGGUUGUGGUUCCUGCUGUAAGCUUCAAAAGGGUCCAUCUUUUCCCUCUCCCGAAGAAAUUUUCGACGACCCUUCUGACGUUCAGUUGUACAAAAGCUUGAUAGGUCCUGAUGGAUGGUGUAUUCAUUAUGAGAAGAGUACUCGGAAAUGCUCCAUUUACCCUGAGCGUCCAUAUUUUUGCCGUGUAGAGCCAGAGGUAUUUAAAUCUUUGUUUGGAGUUAAAGAGAAGAAUUUUCACAAGGAGGCCUGCAGUUUCUGCAGGGACACAAUUAAGUCUAUUUAUGGUCCCAAUUCAAAGGAGCUUCAUAAUUUCAACAGCUCAAUAAGGAACUCUUCUAGUUAGAUUUUGUGGGAUUUGGAUUCUUAAUUGCUCAAGCAAUGGAAGAAGUCUCAAGGAUUGCAAUAUAUGUUCACUAUGUAAUGCAGCAAAGAAUGAAUUUUUUUUAGCUGAUAAUAUGGAGAAAAAGGUGUUAAGAGUCCCACAUUAGGAGACUGAAAAAGUAUAAUAACUUUUCAAAGAAGGGGAUUUGAACGGUGGAAUCUAAUACUGAUUCUGGCAGGAGAAUUUCUGGUCCAUUACAUUAGGAGUUCAGAGAUAAGAAUGGAAGGUCAAAUAGAUGUCGGUUAUAAACCUUAUUCUUACCCUUCUUUUUGGCUAUUCAUUUUGCCUUUGCGCUCUGUAAGAUUUUUGCCAAAUAAAAAAUAUUGGCCGCAAGAGUAGCAAAUAUACCAUAAAACAUAUCUAAAAUUUCAUUAUAGUGUUAGAGCUGUAACACAUAGGAUGGGACUCCAUUGUAGAUGCUCUAAAAAUAAUGAUCAUUCAUGACAUUUAUUUAUUUUACUUUUUUGUUUUUACAAAA